AUGGAUUUUCCCAGGCAGCUUAAUGUUCGACGUGCUGUUAGUUGUAGAAUUAAACUUGGAGAUUUUUCUGGUAUACCGGAACAAGUUCUUCGUAUUGUGCCAAUGAUUGGGCCUUUACAUGUAUCUUUGAAUAGUCGUGAAUCUAAGUUUGAGCGGGUAAAAGAUCCAGAAGCUAGAUAUUUGAUUAACCUUCUGGAUAAUUUUAUUCCAUUGGUUUUGGACUUUUAUCCCGUAAUCUUUCGUAGUGGAAAUUGGCCAGCUUAUUGA